AUGCUGUUUGAGCGCUACUUCUACUUGGAGCAGGAGGGCAGUGGUUGCGCACACAGCCCCUCCCUCGGCAAGCCAAGACGCUUACUUAAUCCAACUAGAGGAUCCUCUGUCGUUGCUGUUACUCUGGCGAGCUCGGCUCUUGCACUGGUAACCCCGGAGCCGCGUGAACCUCAGCUCAGUAUCCUCCCUGUUGACGGGUGUGAAAGUCUUCUCUCGCAGGGGAUCGCCAACCUCUGGGAAGGACUAGAAGAACAGCUCAAAUGGGUGGAGCAUCUCUGGUCUUCAGACGAGAUCGAGAUCGUAUGCGAGGAGCAGCUGGAAAAGGAAGACGAGGAGCCAAGGAAGAAGACUGCAUAUGAGAUCCUUAGCAAAGAUGACAAGUUCAGCAAGUUCUUCUUUCUAGUAACCCAUGAUCCCCUCUCCGUAGCCUACCUCUCCCGUGAGAGCGGGAACUUCACCCUAUUCGCCCCUACAAACGCUGCCUUCCCCGCCCCAAGCCCACAUGAGUUUCUGCUCGAGUUUGGUAACCCUCUCGCGCUGGAGACCCUCCACCGGUACUUCUCGCAUAACCCGAAUGGACGUGGGUGGGAGCAUCUUGCCGCUGUCCGCAUCCUCCACGCGUUGCUACAGUACCACAUCAUCCCCAAAAGCGCACAUCCCAUUUUCGAGCUUGCAGAGUUCAGCACCGUCGCAACUGGGCUUACCGUUCCGGGGGCUCUACUCGGUGCUGCCCAGCGCAUCAAUCUCAGUCCCGCGCUCCGUCCACUUCCCACGAUCCAGCUCAACUUCGCAGGGCACAUCGUCGCCGCCGACCUGCACGCAUCGAAUGGUAUUGUCCACGGUGUGAGCAGCGCACUCCAGCCAGGAUUGAGUGCGAUGGACGAGCUGUACGCCGUUCCCUGGCUAUUCCCGUUCACGAGGCAACAGGCACCUUGGGUGCUGGGCAUCACCGCGAGCGCUCUGGAAAAAACGGGGCUGAACAAAGUGGUCGACCACAAACCGGUCUUCCACCGCCCGGGACCAUUUGCCGUUCCUGCUGCACAUGAAGACGUGCAGGACGGAAUCGACGCGGCGGAAGAGAUGUGGCUCAACAUCACGGCUGAAUCGCUGGCGCCUAUCCCGCUCCCUGGGCUGUCGUGGGAGGGCAGCCCCGCGGUCACCGUAUUCGCCCCUACGAACAAGGCCUGGUCACUCCUCCCUCCUCGACUGAGCAAGUGGUUCCAUUCCCCCUGGGGCGAGUUUGCCCUCGACAAGCUGCUCAAAUACCACGUGAUCAACGGGACGGUCUUGUUUGCGGAUUAUGUGCACCCGCCGAUUGUCCCCUCUCUGCUGAGAGCUAGGGAUGGCAUCGGUCCUAGACCGGACUUUGAGGACUGCGGUCCUGCCGAUCCAGUCCAGGACUGGACCGACUGGACCGUUGCCAUCCCUACUGAGAGCUCUGAAGAAACGAACAUGUGGCCAACAUACGACUACCUGCUGUUCCUCCCCACUCUUUUGGGGAAGAACUUUACACUACCGGUAAGGAUCAGCAAAGACCCGCUCUUCCCGCUUCCCCCUCCUGGGCAAGGGAGGGAAGUCGCCGUGUACAGGAUGUGGGCGCAGGGCGUGCCUGUAGCGAUCAGGGAUGUACCGGUGAGGAAUGGGGUCAUCCAGGCUGUAGAGAGGGUAUUGAACCCCUUGGCCGGGAAUCAUAAGGAGAAGAGAUGCCAUAUGGGUGGCGUGCAGGAAGGCGGGGAGGCGGUGGAAAAGCAGGAGGUGGAGGAUGAAUGGGAGGGGUGGGAGGAGUGGUUUGUCAAGUGGGCUAUGGAGGCCUUAGAUGAAGCCUUGGUGUGA